UGUGUGUGGGGGGGGACUCUUUCCUGUUGCGGCAGUGAGAAGUUACUUCCUAAGUGUUCUAACUGUGGGGAAGGGCAAGAGAUGUUAGUUCCGAUUGUGCUGUGGAGGGAAGAGAGAAGUCUUCCCACACCCACACAACAUAUGCCCCAUUUCCAAGUUAAGGAUUGCCUCCUGUGCGCAUGCAAUUAAUAAAAAUAAAAGGGGAAAGGAACCUACACGCUACACAUUAUGUGUAGUUUUGCCCCUAGAGCCGUUGAUUUGUAGGGCAGGUGGGGUGGGGUAAGAAAAUAAACAUCCAAAAGCAACCUUCAAAUACAAACAAAUUUGGUUCAGUUUCCACAGUCUCUUCCAGCUCGUUGCCCACAGAAUUUCAAGUAGUAGUACAUUGGUUUUGUUUGGCUGUAAGAACGUAACCAAGUUUCAAGUUGUGGGCUCACUCUUUUUGCUGUUUCAUGAGCUCAGAAAUAUAGUCUUUGCAUUCAAAACAUACAUACACGGUGUCUGGAAUUCAGUUAACUUUCACUCAGAGCAGACUCACGGAAAUUAACAGACCUAAGUUGGUCAUGGCCAUUAAUUUCAAUGGGACUACUCUGGGUAAAGCUCAAUCACCUAUAAGUGCUACCGUAGUUUAUCAAGGGAAAACUUCUCAUUUAAUAACCUACUUUACUGAAUGACGUAUCUGUUUAUGUGAUAUAAAUUGUUCACCUGUGAUGUCUUAGCUACAACCAGUUGGCUAAUGUAGUUGUGCCAGGCAGCUCAGAUUUGGUCUAUAGCUGAGGGUCCUUUUAAAGUUGCCCAGAUAGUAUCAUACAGAUAAUACAUCAUUGUUAAUAAUUGCUUGUAAAGCACCUAAUGCUUACUAAGUGCUGUGCAGACAUUAAAAACCAAGGUGGUUUGAUUUAUGAACGAUCAGUAAGGAAUAUGGGUUGCUUUAGUGCAGCAUUAUGGGUAGUAUUAUGAAAUAUAGCUAGAAAUCCUAGUACUGUAAAUGGAUGAUCUAUAGUUAGAGAUUCUAGUAAUUAUGGUGGUUCCGGGACAGUAUUAUAGUCAGGAAAUUCCUUUGGGCCAUAGGCAAAUGCUAUGCUUCAUGCUAGGAAAUCAUCAUCAUCAUCAUCAUCAUCAUCAUCAUCAUCAUCAUCAUCAUCACUUUACUACUACUGCCACCAUUUGCAGUAGGGAGUUGCCAGCACUUCUUUAUUCCAGUGGUUUGAUGUGACGCCACACAGAGAGUAUUGGCAGAGAAGUAAUGGCCUUUCUGACUGCCAUGGAUGGGCUUAGCUGCUCUGAUGUCACCCUCAGUGCUUAGAAGGAUUGUUAGAAAUGCUAGUCUGAAUUCUGAGGAUCCAAACAUUAUUGAAAUUAAAUCCUUUCAUAUGGCACUACUUCAGUGGGUUUUGAAUGAGCUCUUUGUAGAAAAAGUGGGAUAUAAAUGUAGUCAUAAAUUAAAUGAAUCAUUGAUUCUGUGAUCUCAUGGCAUUUUACUAGAAAAGCAUGAUUCUGCUUACUUCCUAUGGCAGGAUAGUUAGCAUAAUGCAAAGAGUUGUGUCAAAUGCUGUAACCUGUGUAAAUGUGUGUCAGGAGAUUAUGCAAAACUUGCUAAAUCCUCAGGAAUAUCGCACCUCGGCCUGCCUGAGACACAGUAACCCCACCUUAUGUGUGAUGAGAUUUCUGACUGUUUGUAGAGGAGAUGUCCUCCUCCUCCACGCCAAAAAGCAAACCCUUAAAAGAGAUGUUUCUUCUUGUUUCUGGGUCUCUCUUGCCUCCUUGCUAGGAGGGGAGGGAAUUCCUUACAACAGGGGAAAAGACCGAUCAUGGACUUAGGAGACUCAGUACCUUGGGGAGUUGGGCAGCAAAAACCAACCACCCCGUGGUUUCUAGGGUGAUAAUUGUGAUCUUUUCAAAUAUUGGGAUGGUUCUAUUUCUCUCUCUCUCUCUCUGCCUUGCAUAAACAUAAAAAACCCUUGAUUUUGAUUUUUUACAUCCACUUGAGACAGAUAGAGCAUUUCUAAGGAGCAGAAAAUGAGUGAAGGUAAGAAAUCAAUAGUCUAGGAGGUCUGGCUUCAGGCCUUUUUUGUGACACUUUGGAGGCCUGGUGGGCAAAUCUUUCCUACUCUUGGAAUUAAACCUGUCCCCAGCUCCAUUAUCUCUUCGCUUCAGGCAGGAGGGGAAAUGACUGGAUUAAGGCUGGCAUUAAUCCAAACUACUUUUCAACCAGCUUCCUUUUUAAUCCCACUGUUGUUGAUUUUACUUGAUACUUUCCACCUUUUUUAAAGUCGUCUCCAUCCUUCUGCUCGCAGCGUCUCACACCACAUCCACUUUUGGGUUUGGCUGCUUGAUUCUUCCACUGCAAUAAGGCAGCAGCUGUCCCCUUGCAUGAUGCACAAAUGUGUUAAAGUCCUGAAAGGGGGCAGACAAAAUUGGACACAGCCCUGGCCAGAAGCCUCCGAGCCACGAUUCAGUAGGGCACCCGAGAGCUGGGAGGUUCUCUGUGGUGGCCUUUAGAAAAGCCUCCCCUGGAUUGCUGGUUGAUUCAUGCUGGAGUCUAUUAAUAGCUUUGCUCCACCUGCUAAGGUGCGAAAGUCCAAGGCAGCAGGCCAUUGGCUGCUACUCCACUUCAGUCCAGAGGGUGCUGCCGGUGGUGACCUUCCAGCUGUCCCUGGGCAACUCUUCGAACACAGCAGAGCUGGGCUUAAAAGGAGGAGAGCAGAAGAACAAUUGGGAGGAGAGGCUGGCAAGUAACAAGAGAUCAGUGUAACUAAACACAGCAACUAAAUCAGGACGUGCAGGCUCUGUGUUUCCAGAUUUUGCAGAUGUUAAACAUUUGUGGGAUACAUAUUGGACUGCUUUUUAUACAUGUGGCUCGCCGUUAAGCCUGUUAAAUAGAAAACUAGGAGGCUGGGUUUGAAACGAUAGGAGAACUUCGAGUGGAAUACCAAAGAACAGUGCUUCUGGUACACACCCAAGGAUUCGCCAUGCAUCCCCACCUGUUGAGAGAUGUUCCGGAACCCCAAGACUGCCCAAUUUCCGUCCUGAUGAUGCGUCAGUGAUGAUGCGAAGCUCUUGGUUUUUCUGCCUCAGAAAGGAACUCUGAAUGGAUUUGCCAUGGUGACAUGAAAAAAGACCAGGAGGGAUAACAGACUUCCACAGGGGCAAUUGUGUGCGCACACACUCACUCACACACACACACACACCCCACACACUCUGCCUCUUAGGGAAAUUAUCCUUUCCUGCAUCAAGAUCUGGAGGGAGGGAGGGGGGCUGGGUGGGAAAGGAACCUGAACACUCUCUAGCAAAGCAAGGAUGACUUUGGUAAGGAUUCGGAGGAGCUUCCGGCAGGUGUCUCCUCAGGUGGUGCUGUUCUUGCUGUUUGCCUUCUGCCUGCUCAGCGUUUUUGUCUCGGCCUAUUAUUUAUAUGGGUGGAAGAGGGGGCUGGAGCCCUCCGGGGACAUCCCAAGCCCGGACUGUGAUGAACCGAAGGUCGCCCCUUCUCGCCUGCUUCCGCUGAAGCCCAUCAAAGUGGUGGAUUCUUCUCGCACAGACCCUUUGGUCCUUGUGUUUGUGGAAAGUCUCUACUCCCAGUUGGGCCAGGAGAUAGUGGCCAUCUUGGAGUCCAGUCGCUUCAAAUACCUGACGGAGAUUGCUCCAGGGAAGGGGGACAUGCCCACACUGACAGACAAGGACCGAGGGCGCUUUGCACUGAUCAUCUAUGAGAACAUCCUGAAGUAUGUGAACCUGGACGCCUGGAACCGCGAGCUCUUGGACAAGUACUGUGUUGAGUACGGUGUAGGAAUCAUUGGCUUCUUCAAGGCCAAUGAGAACAGCUUGCUGAGUGCUCAGCUGAAAGGCUUUCCCCUUUUUCUCCACUCCAACCUUGCGCUGAAGGACUGCAGCAUCAACCCCAAGUCACCACUCCUGUACAUCACACGGCCCAGUGAAGUAGAGAAGGGACUCCUUCCAGGCGAGGACUGGACCGUCUUCCAGUCAAACCAUUCCACCUACGAACCCAUCCUCCUGGCCAAAACCAAGUCGGCGGAAUCCAUCCCGCACAUGAGCAUUGAUGCAGCACUCCAUACCACUGUGGUUCAGGAUCUGGGCCUCCACGAUGGCAUCCAGAGAGUCCUCUUUGGCAACAACCUCAACUUUUGGCUGCACAAACUGGUCUUUGUCGACGCUGUUUCUUUCCUCACUGGCAAGAGGCUUUCCCUCCCCCUGGACCGCUACGUCUUGGUGGACAUUGAUGAUAUUUUUGUUGGCAAGGAAGGCACACGGAUGAAAGUGGAUGAUGUAAAGGCUCUCUUUGACACCCAGAAUGAACUGCGCACCCAUAUCCCCAACUUCACCUUCAAUCUGGGUUACUCAGGGAAAUUCUUCCACACAGGUACGGACGCGGAAGACGAAGGAGAUGACCUGCUGCUCUCGUACGUGAAGGAGUUUUGGUGGUUCCCCCACAUGUGGAGUCACAUGCAGCCUCACCUCUUCCAUAACCAAUCUGUGCUGGCUGACCAAAUGACCAUGAACAAGAAAUUUGCUGUUGAGCAUGGCAUCCCCACUGAUAUGGGCUAUGCAGUGGCACCUCAUCAUUCAGGGGUGUACCCAGUCCAUGUGCAAUUGUAUGAGGCCUGGAAACAAGUGUGGGGGAUACGAGUCACCAGCACGGAAGAGUACCCUCACCUCAAACCAGCCCGCUUCAGACGAGGCUUCAUCCACAAUGGAAUCAUGGUUCUCCCACGGCAAACAUGCGGCUUGUUCACACAUACCAUAUUCUAUAAUGAAUACCCUGGUGGGUCCAAUGAACUGGAUAAGAUCAUCAACGGAGGCGAGCUUUUUCUGACUGUGCUACUUAACCCUAUCAGUAUCUUCAUGACUCACCUCUCAAAUUAUGGAAACGACCGCCUGGGUUUAUACACUUUUAGACACCUGGUCCGCUUCCUCAACUCCUGGACUAACUUGAAGUUGCAGACACUGCCACCUGUGCAGCUGGCACAGAAGUAUUUCCAGAUAUUCUCAGAGGAGAAAGACCCUCUAUGGCAGGAUCCCUGUGAGGACAAACGCCACAAGGACAUUUGGUCCAAAGAGAAGACCUGUGACCGGUUCCCCAAGCUGCUAAUAAUUGGUCCUCAGAAGACAGGUACCACAGCUCUCUACCUGUUCCUGGGGAUGCAUCCUGACCUGAGCAGUAAUUAUCCGAGCUCGGAGACCUUUGAGGAGAUUCAGUUCUUCAAUGGGCAUAAUUACCACAAAGGCAUUGACUGGUAUAUGGAGUUUUUCCCCAUCCCUUCCAACACCACUUCUGACUUCUACUUUGAGAAGAGUGCCAAUUACUUUGACUCAGAGGUAGCACCCAGGCGGGCAGCUGCACUGCUUUCGAAGGCUAAAAUAAUCACCAUCCUCAUUAAUCCAGCAGAUCGGGCCUACUCUUGGUACCAGCAUCAGCGAGCACAUGAUGACCCAGUUGCCCUGAAGUAUACCUUUCACGAGGUGAUCACAGCUGGGCUCGAGGCCUCUCAGAAGCUACGGACGUUGCAGAAUCGUUGCCUAGUACCAGGCUGGUAUGCUACCCACAUUGAACGGUGGUUGAAUAAUUUCCAUGCCAACCAGAUUCUUGUUCUGGAUGGCAAGCUGCUGCGCACAGAACCAGCCAAAGUGAUGGAAACAGUCCAGAAAUUUCUCGGAGUGACAAACAUCAUAGACUACCACAAAACUCUAGCGUUUGAUCCUAAAAAAGGAUUCUGGUGCCAACUACUGGAAGGAGGGAAAACCAAGUGCUUGGGGAAAAGCAAAGGAAGGAAAUAUCCGGAGAUGGAUUUAGAUUCGAGAGCGUUCCUGAGGGACUAUUACAGGGACCACAACAUAGAGCUAUCCAAGCUACUGUACAAAAUGGGCCAGACUCUGCCGACGUGGCUGAGGGAGGAACUCCAGAACACAAGAUAGCCACUUCUUAUCUCCUGUAUUGAGCAAUAGUAGAAUGAGUCCGUGCGGAGGAUCUCGGAACCUGUACGCCGAGCCAAAAGGAUGUGAUGAUGGUGUGGGAUGACAUACACAACCAGGGAAGAAGCAUUUUGAGCAAUAUCCAUUCAAGAUCAUCUGGGGGAAAUGGGGCAGCGGGGGGAAAUAGCAGGCCCAUUCAGUUAAAUGCUGUAGCUUGGAAGAAGACAACUUCCUGAGACCAACCACCUGAGUUGAAUAACUUCGCUACACACCUUGGCCGAAGCCAGUUCUACAGCGACCUCUUCCAUCUUCCCCAGGAGUGCUGUGCUUUACCGCUAGUGUUGAGGUUGCCCCCUGUAGUCUGUAAUGCCACUUCCUGGCGAAGCGGAUCGGCUCAAGGAUCUGCUCUUUCUCCGCACCUGAGUCCCAUCACCUGAAAUAGUAUUACAGCAAGCCAGCUCCUUCUCGACAGAUGACAGAGAAGGAGGAAACGAAGGACUGGCCGGCAGGCAGGGGGCUUUGCUUAGUAACAGCUUGCGCCCCCAUGGAAGUUUGGAGAAGGGACCGCGAGGGCAGUAUGACCUUGGAGCUGGAUUGGGGAGUGCCCCUGCUACAAGCAUGGACUUACUUUAUGCAAUUUGGGAUAAAGCCCAGACCGGACUGGGAUGGUGUUACUCAGUAGAGUUCUUAGCUGAAAGAGGUGUUUUUUAUAUAUACACACAGUGACUUUGAAAAAGACUAUGGUGCUGGCAAUACUUAGGUUACACAAGAUGGAUUUCCUACCCACCCCUCUCCUCCAGUCUUCUCAUUUGGGGAUUUUUGAGAAGGGUGUACGCAGGGGAUGAGAGGGGGAUAAGGAUGGGGAAGAUGCACACACCUGACCAAGCGAAAUCACUCCAGAGGGUUAUCUUAACACGCCCUCAUCCUGCACCCCUGCCUGCAGCCACAAAGUUUUUGUGUGAGUGGUGGUUCCUGUGGUUAAAAGACUGACACCAUUCAGUAUCCUAGCUGCUCUUCGCGCACAUUACUCUCCCCCCCCCCCAAGAUCAUGAAAAGGAGCCCUAGGGUGUACGCGAUAGCCUUGGACUGGCAGCUGCCAAAAAAGAUUACUUAAGAACAUUGAACCACUUGAGCACUAAGAUAAAACAGUAUUUUAGUAACUUUCCUUUCCCAGCCAGAACUAUGGAUGCCAGAGUUUGCAUUCCAAAUUAGGCUCUUUAUUAUUAUUAUUAUUAUUAUUAUUAUUAUUAUUAAUUUUGUCCCUUUUGUCGCUGCAGAGAAAGGCCAUGGAUUUGGCUGAACAGCCUGAUGUCCAUGUUUUCUAUUGCUGCCCCAGCUCAGUGGCCAGUGUUGAUGGGAGUCCCAACAGGAGUUUGGAGUGUACUGGGGUGGGGAAGGUUUCUGCGGAGGUUGGAGACAUUAAUGGCAUCAUUUCCCUCAGCUUCCUGGUUUCCCCAGCCAGGUGCUUCUCCAUCCUGCACAUGGCCCACCUAGUGACUCCCUGUCACACAGGGCCUAUUCUUCCCCCUGACACUGUGCCUGAGCCCCAUCUAGCGGAUGAGUCGAGAAACAGCAGAUGCCUUUCAGCUCUACCUUUUUACUCAGUGUCUUUAUUUAAACGACUGUAACCAGUAAGGAAUAUGCAACUGCUUGAGAAGAAAAAAUGGACUUGGAGAUGGUGACAGUGGAGGGUUACUCAUGUUGAGAUGAUGCCUCUUCUUCUUCCUGAUUAAAUCGUUUCUCAUGUGGCCUUCUACACUACAGAGCUUUCGACAAUGGACCCAAACUACGCUGACAUUGAAGAGACCCUUCCUUCCCAGGAACACCUACCCCACUUUCAAAUAGGAAGCGCAGAGUAGUGAGUACGAAGGCAGAGCUUCAUACUUUCAGAAGUGGCCCCUCUUGGAUCUGCCUGUUUCUCUCCCCCACCUCCCUGUUCAAGGAAGCUCCUCCUUCCGUGAAGCCAUGUGCUAGGACAUAAGCAAGAGAGCACUUUCUGUUUGUAGCAAUAUGGGUUGUGCCACGUGAAGGUUGCGACCUCUGCCAGGUUAUGCCACGAGCGAUGGAGCCAAAGCAAGACACACCUCUGCGUUCUAAAUACCGAUCAGCCCCGGUCACAUAGAAAAAAAGGGAGAGGAUGAGAGAGUUCUUGCAAAAGGGGCAAAUGAACAAGGAGUGCAGAACCCCCUGCCUGCUGCAGGUUUUUGUCUCCUCAGCUGAGCUCCAAUAUCAAAAGGGUGCUCACCUGGGAGAAAAGUGCUUUUGGUGAGAGGGACUGAAAGGAAGUGAACCGUGGCUGGGGAAGGGCGCUGUGCUCUUUCAAAAUGCUCACACCCCUCUUCCUCAACCAUUUCUUGCAUGGUAGGAACAGACCUGCAUUCAAAUAGCAUAUGCUAUAGUCCUGUCUAGUCUAGCCCUGUGUCACCUGCAUGUGUCCUAUGUUGGAAGGGUUUUGAAACCUGGAAUUUGACCAAAAAACCCCCCCACCUCCCCUUAAUCUGUGGAUUUCUAGCUAUUGGGCACUUUGUAGUUUAAAAGGGGAGCCUUCAUGUUAGCAAUAGAUCUGGCAACAGGAGUUAGUAUUUGGACAAGUAACCUUUAUAAGCGUCGUCCCCCACUUUGGCCACUACUGGUAGCAGUCUUAAAACCUGAAGCUCAGGGCCACCUUUCCUGCUCAAUUUAAUCUGGUGGUGGUGUGCUUUGUGCACUACAGGUAAGAAGCCAUAAAUAAGCUUAGGAGUGCAGUUGAACUGGGGAAGUAGGCCUGUCACGGGAACGGUACUUUUUAACAACCAAACGAGUAAAGUAAUCUGCAUGUAGGGCAGCUGCUGUUGCUGCAAUUCACGGCCCUGGUGAGUUAAUGUUGGGCAGAUGUCGGAGUGAAUGAAAGUGACAAGACACACAGAAUGCUGUUCUAGCCUUUCCCAGUGUUUGCAGCCUAAGGCACAGGGCCAGAAACUGCUACCCUGUACAAAUGUAAUUGCUACUCAGAUUGAAAAAGAACAAAUCUAUAAAGCAGCAGAAGCAAGGAAGGCUUGGCUGCAAAAAUGUGGCAGUGGACAGGGGUGGGCAGUUGCUGAGAUCUACGGUCGUACCUUGGUUUUCAGACAGAAUGCGUUCCAGAAGUCCGUUCGACUUCCAAAACCUUCAGAGACCAAGGUGCGGCUUCCGAUUGGUUCCAGGAGCAUCCUGCAGCCAAUCAGAAGCCACACCGGAUGUUCGGCUUCCGAGGCAAAGCUUGCAAACCAGAACACCUACUUCCGGGUUUGCGGCAUUCAAGUUCCAAGUUGUUCAUGGACUAAGCUGUUCGAAAACCAAGGUACAACUCUACUUGGUUGGUUUUUCCACAACAUGCACUGGACAUUUGCAAAGUGGUUCAGUGGUUAAAAGGGGUGAGUACGUGCUCAGCCCAGGAGUUUUUCAUUACCAUAACUUGAUCUCUCAGCUUUUUGUUACUAAGUUGUUACUAUUACUAUGUUAGAAGUUGGAAACCCUCACUGCAAGUCGCCCAGAGAUCUGCCCUUGCAUCCUGAUCUUCUUUUGCUCACCCCUGCUCUAGGAGACUUGCUUUAUGACAAGAUAGCAUCCUGGGCUUUUCUUUCUCUCAUAGUUUCCACAUAGUGUAUUGACUUUGCUUUAGCUUUGAUGCUUUACAGCCUUGUUUAAAAUCAAUCCUGUUAAAGGCAAAAGCAAGCAAACCUGUUUUAGUGUAAAAGUUUCUGCAAAACAGUACCCUUCCCUUUAUAGGUGGAAUAUUCCUUACAGCUGAAGCCCAAGAGGCUGUGGAGUCUCCUGUCCGGUUCUUGACCCAUGCCCGUCUCUCUAACGUCCAGAGAGGUCAAGCCACAGACUUAGAUGCUAAGUAACAUGAAAAUCAUGGCCUCAUUUAUCUGUAUGAAGGAUUCAUAUGGUGACCCUCACUAGAUCUUCAGGAAAUUGCUUUAACGGGUAAUCUGCAGAGGCAGUGGUAGCUGCAGCCCAAAAGUUUGUCCCCAUUGCAAAUUUUGUGAGCACUGUGCACACAAAAAGCAGCAAAAUGAUGCAGAAGUUUUGCUUUUGUUUUUUUACAAAUGCAUUUUGAAUUCGGCAGUGGAAUUUGCUACCAAGGAGUCUCCUUCUUUGGAGGUCUUUAAGCAGAGGCUUGACAGGCAUAUGUCAAGAAUGCUUUGAUGGUGUUUCCUGCUUGGCAGGGGGUUGGACUGGAUGGCCCUUGUGGUCUCUUCCAACUCUAUGAUUCUAUGAAUUUAGCUCCUGAAGGUAGCCGUUGUGUCAGGUUUAGCCUAUACAGUGAGAAAUCUGCCUUUCCACUGGUCAGCAACAUUCAUAAAGCUGAGCAAAUGUCAAGCAUCUUGUCAAUAACUGGGUUUUUAAAGAGGACAAUUGUUUUGUUACUGGGUUUGUUUGGUUUGUUCUUUAUAAAAGGACGAGCGCUCUGAAGAUCCUGUUUUUUUAUGUUUGCAUGAGAUUCUGUAUGGCUUCCCAUGAGAAGGGGGUAUUUUCUUGGUGGGAAGGGAGGAAAGGGGAGGGAAUACAUUUAAGAGUCUUUCUCCCUUAUUUUUAAUCUGUACUUGAACUCAUUUUGGGUUCAGAAAACUGUGUCACUAAUGUAAGGUCCUGUUGAACUAACUGCUAAUAAAAUGGGGUUGUCUGUUUUUAGAUCAUUUGUGUGGGGUCUCUUCGUGUCUGUCUCCUCUCUCUGCUUUUGUGAAAUGGGGAACAUAACUUUAUUUUUUAAAGACUCAGCAAACCAAUGGUUGUUUUUUUUUAAAAAAACAACAACAACCAAGGACUAGGACUCACAGCUUCAGUUCUGCAAGUAACUUUCUGUGUUCACAAACAGGAACUUGAGCAAAGUCCCGGCUAAUGGCACUGCAAAACUGCAGAAAGUAUUACCAUAGAGGCAUUCUAAAAUACCAUCACAUCCUUUUCAGUGAUGUGCAGGCUACACAGCAUACUGCAAAUCAGAGAGAUAAUUCAACCCAGUACCGCAGCUUUCCCCAACCUGGCACCUUCCAGAUAUUAUGGACUACAAGAACCAUCAUCCCUAACAAUUGUCCAUGCUGGCUCUGAAUAAUGGGAGUUGUAGUCCAAAACAUUUGGAAGGCACUAGCUUGGGAAAGGCUGCUGUAGAGGAAACUGCUAAAACCAGUCUUGACAUAAUGACAUAAUAAACAACAGUUAAAUAAUUACCAUCAAUGAAAUAGCCAAAUAAAUGGAUCAGAGGUUUAAAAUCACUUUUUUAAAAGUUUCAUUCCAACCCUUUAAUCUUUAGUUUUCAGCUGAGAAUUUGAACACUGAUCAAGGUUUUCAGCAUGUGAUCUCUGGAUUACCUUGCAAUGGAUUAUGAAGGUGUGUUUUUUUUAAAAAAAAGCGAAUCAUCAUUAGAAUGGCUGGGGUUUUGUGGGCUGUUAAUGGAUGCAUUCUGCCAGAAGGUGGCAGUAUCAGCUUUGUAACUGGGAUCCAGGUGGCAGGUAAAAUAAAGCGUGUAGUGGAAGUUUCCACAACAAGAGGCAUCACUGCACAUAUGCUCCCUCACUCUUACAUUUCACACAGUUGUAUUUCAACCAGCAAUUCAUAUGACUGGUUGUGAAGGUGCAGCUUUCUUGUACAGUGGUACCUUGGUUCUCAAACACCUCGGUACUCAGACAACUUGGAACCCAAACACUGCAAACCCAGAAGUAAGUUCACAAAGUUCCGGUUUGUGAACUUUUUUCAAAAGCCGAAUGUGUUCCGUUUUGAGUGUUACACUCAGGUCUGUCUCUCUUUGCUAUUCAUUUUGUGUUUUUGUUUUGCUAUUCAUUUUGUGUUUUUGUUUUCGCGGCUUUUUUGUGACUCUGUUUAACCCAGUUCAGCUACUGAUUGAUUGACUGUGUGACUGCAGUACAUUGUUUAUUGCUUUCAUUUUAUGGCUCAAUGGUCU